UCUGGCCAAUCACAUCGCAGAAUAUGAUUACUGACAAGCUGUUCCUCCAAUAAAAUUCAACCAUGGGUGGGGUUUGCGUGAAGUUCGGGAUAGUGAACUACACUCAGUUUGCCUUUUCUCGACUUCACGAUAGGAUAAUGAUAGGUAACGAAAUCGUAGAUUAAUUCACUCGCGUGAACGCAAAUAAAGCAGCGGAUAAAGUGUAACUUUUUUUUUUUUUUUUACAUAAAAAAAACGUUACUUCGGCGUCCGGUUAUAGGUACUGACGUCCAUUCGACCACUCAAACUGUUACAAUUGGGGAGUUAUCCACACACAAUGUUUAUUACCCGACUACAGUUCCUUUGCGUGUGUACCACAAUUGCAAUAGUAUCAUGGGGACAAAUCGGUAUAAUGGAUACUUUAAGAUCUAAAAGAAAUGUUCCUGUUUUAUAAUGUGUCCUGGAGUCUAUUGAAUAACUGGCUGACGUGGGGAUCACGCAGGGGGGCUGGCCGAAAAAGGAGAGACACAGGCGGGCAGAGGGGCUGCGCCGCCGCGCGUCUGGGAUUACAGUAAACAGUUUGUUUCUUUAAUAUCCUAACAGUAUUUGACGAGAUGAUGCAUUUGCAGGCAUAUAAAACGCGAAGGAAACUAUGUAGUAUGUCUUCCAGUAGGAGUUUUGAGAUCACUGCCUAUAAGUUCAUGGAUGUUUACUUCAGUGAAUGAUUAGGAAGUUUGUAAAGUUUGUUAAGACCGUCAACCAUUGCUGUCUGAACUUUGUUUUUAAUAUCUGAUGCAUUUUAUGAGUGCUAGCUAAGAUGGUGGAAAACAGAUGCUUUGUUCAGAAAGAGGAGGUUUACCGCUGGUUCUCUGUGUUGAGUUCGGCGCAGAGGGCUGAGUUCCUUUGCGGCCUUUUGGACCUCUGCGUUCCCAUUGAGUUGCGCUUCCUCGGUUCAUGUUUGGAAGACCUAGCCCGAAAAGACUACCACUCUCUGAGGGAUGCAGAAAUCAAAGCUAACAACCCGGCUGAUCUCGCCAAUUUGACCAACAUCACGGAUGAGGUCGUGCGGAGCAAGCUGCUCGUCUCUCUCGCGCUCCUCAGCUCGGACAACCGCGUAGCGGCGGGAGUUUUGUUUCGGACCCUCACCCAUAUCGACACCAUCAUUAAUAACUACGGACUACAGCUUAACGAUGGCCAGAUGGGAGAGCAGUUUUUGCUCCUCUUCACCAUGGCUUCGAACCAUCCCGCCUUUAGUUUUCAUCAAAAGCAGGUGCUGAGGCAAGAGUUGACACAGAUCCAGGAGAUCCUACAGGUGACAGUUAGUGAGGCGCCGUCGACGUCACACGGGGGCGGGGCCAGCGCUGCUGCGCUCCCAAACGUGAGCGCGACCCCGACCUUCUCUUCCUACACCACAACAUCCACCCUCAACGCUUGCCAGACCGGAUGUCCCUGUUGCAAGACUGUGCAACGGGAAGUCACAGGAGGUCAGACAGAUGAAGGUUUGGGUCCUGAGGUCAUGUCACCGAGUCCAUCACUUUUAUGCCAGGAAAUGCCACUCAAAGUGCAUGUCGGAAAACCCAGCAAAGUGUAUGUUGAAAGAAUUGAAUUAAGGGGAGUUACACCCAAAUCAGACAAAUCAACAGAAUACGUCCUGGAGGCCUUGUGGUCAGACUGCACCUUGUCGACUGUCAGCAAAACCCCUCAGGAAGUGGUGGAGUUCAUCUCCCAGCUCUCGCAGCUCUUUCCUGAUGAAGGUCUGGAGAAACUUCUGCCCCAAAUGCCUGGACUUGAUUCCACUCAUGAACUAGAUCCUCUAUGCUUGACUUCUCUUCUGCCUGAAGUUCUCAAACAUGACAAAGUCCGUUUCUUCUUUAGCACUCCUUCUGCACCUCAGCUCCCUGCUAGCACAAAUCUGAGCUGUCUGCCUCAGUAUAGGGGAGCGAGGCCCAUUUGUGGUGUCGCCAGCAUCCAGCCUGUCCUAAGCAUCCAUGCGCCCCUCCCGCAGAGUUCCCCUGCACACCUACCCCCUCUUCCUCCUCAGACAGCGAUGGCCAUCCUCCCCGGCACUGCUAUUGGAGAGGCCAGUCCACCACAGAUGCACCUCACAAACCCUACACCCCAACCCCAGUCCCAACAGCCCAGCCCGGAGCAGAACGGCAUCCUGGACUGGCUUCGAAAAUUACGGUUGCAUAAAUACUACCCUGUCUUCAAGCAGCUAACCAUGGAGGAGUUCCUUGCUCUCACAGAAGAGGAUCUCAACAAGUACGAUCUCACUCAGGGGGCCAAGAAGAAACUAAAGACUCAGCUGGAGCUUCAGAAAGAGAAGCUGGAGAAGAGAUAUGUGGUGUCUCAGUUUCCUGUUUCAUGUGGUGUUGCCAGAGUGAGCCCUUCCAGUUAUAUCGGAUCCCUGACACACACGCACUCUGGAAGUGAGCUACGAGUAGAUGUUGAGAACAACUCGUUGCCCAUUCUACGGGACAGCAGUUCCUCCUCAGGCUAUUCCAGUGCUCCUUCCAGUCCAAUGACCCCUUUCUCACGUGACACUUCCUUCGACCGGGUUAAAGACCCUCACAGACGUCUAUAUCUCCUUUCAGGUUUAGAGUCUGGUUUGGAUCCUUGUGAGAAAGAGCGGUCAUGCUUUCUCCUCAAUCCUGUGGUAUCCACCGGUCCCAGCCGUCCCACUGCCCAAGUCCUACCAGUCCAGAACGAUCCUUCCCUCUGUCCCUCCCAAAUGAGUUUGCCCCCUCCAUCCUUGCCCCUCCUCUCCCCAGGCCACAUUCUGAAUUCUCCCCGCAAACCUCGUCCACCCCCUCUCUGUUCAGAAGAACGUCCCAAACCAAUGGGGUCUGGGGUCACCAUGGGUGUUCGUCUUGAGAACAUCUUCCAUGGGUUGAAUCUUGAUGGCUCUCCGGGGCACCAGGACAUGUCGGCCCCCCGUGGGACCCUCACAGUGCUUCGCUCUCCUCCAGGUCUCAUGGUGGAGACCAGCACUGCUCUCACCUCCACGUCUAACACCCUCCAUCAUGUUUCUCACCCACCUUUACACUUACAAGUGUCUUCUUCUGUUCCACACACAGGAUCGUACCCUUUCUCCACUCUUUCCUCCUGCCCGUCUUCGAGUUCCUCCAUCAGACCCUCGUUUUCGCCUGUCAGUGGAGUUCCUAUAGCACCGACCAGCAACGUUCAUAUGGCGGCAGCACCCUGCAACACCUACUGCGUAAACUGUACAUCCAUAGUCACGCCCAGUUCUAGCCCAGCAUCCACAGAAAAUAGCGGCUAUGCCUCAGUGCAAGCAAAAAGUGCUAACUCCAGUUCCUCAAUGUGCGUUUGUAGCUCUUGCGGUUGUAGUGGUAACUGUGGCUCCUAUGGUGCGCUUCCAGGUAGCUACGCCGGAUACUUUCCUCAUCCAUUUUCAGGAACGUCAGUAUUCACGUUAGGGCCUUUGCUUCAUUUUAGCCCCCUCCUUACAGGAAAUGGUACAGCCUCCCCCUUUUCCUACCCCCUGGUGGCUCCGCCUGUUUACAACAACAGUCUAUCACAUGACUCGCAACAAAAUAUUGUGCUUCCACCAGUGCAGGGUUUUCUAGGGGGAGGGGGUGGUGUGUACCAACCCCAUGGAAUGAUGGGAAACGGAAGCUCUGGGCAGAAGAAAACAGGGAAUGUGUCCUGCUAUAACUGUGGGCUGAGUGGGCAUCGAGCACAAGACUGCAAGCAGCCAGCAAUGAACUCUGCACAACAAGGGACGUUUCGUCUGAAAUAUUCUCCGCAGUCAGACAGGCAGGACUCAGUGGACUAAAUGGUGCGAAUGAACUGGUUUGGACCUGCACCUUUCUCAGUAUGUAAAGACACUUGAUGUGAGAAUACACUGAGCAAAGACAUUACAGAAUCUUUUUACAGGAGGAUCAACCAAUGGAGUUCCAUCAGUUAUGGCUCUGGAAAAAAGGCUUGUGCCAAAGAAUCACUUCACUGUGGAUCUUUGUAAAAGGAUGUUCAAAGAAGAACUCACUCUUUGCGUUCUUCAGUUCUCUUCACGCUGUUCGUCUCACUUGAGCAAGUCAUGUGGAGCAGCCAAUAGUCUAUCAGUCAACAUUUGCUGCACAUGUCAUUCUUGGAAGCAAGAUUAUGCUCACCAAAUAAAGUACAAUUACGGCCAAGUCUUUGCUUGUGGUGUGACUGUAAGUCACCCGUUUGGGAAUAAGAUACUGGCAGUCUUUUUUUUCUGGAAGUUUAGAAAGGAAGGAGAAACUGACAGUGGUGAAAGCGAAAAUUUUGUUUUCCAUCUUGAGGUAAUUUUUUUUACUUUUUGACUACAGGAAGUCUUCUUAAUCAUCAUGUGUUAUUCCUGUUUGUUGUAAUCAUGGUGUAUUUAAUAUCUGGGUUUUUGACAACACAUUUGCUACUUUUGAAUUAUUAUUAUUUUUUAUUACAUUCUAUUCGUCAUAGAGGUGCCAUGUCAACAUGACACACAGAUUCAAUAUGUUUCUACAGUCAAUGCACUUGAGACCGCUGAAGUUGAGCUUUUUAAUUCACUAGCAUUAUUGAAACGGUUUAAGAAAUUGCUUCACAGACUUACGAAUUUAGCUGCUGAAUCUGAACUGAGAACUGAACACAAAGAUGAUACCAUUUUCAGUAUGUCACACUACAAAGGUCAGAGCAGUGGGUUUUUCCAUGUUGCUUCUCAAUUACACUAGCAUGAAAUUUUUCCAAGUGUUAAAAAAAGUCAGACUUACGCCAAAAGGCCCGUUUAGCCAAUAAAUGCCAUUCUGUUCUCAUUGUCAGACAUCUUUGCUGUUUCAAAGCAAAUGGUGAUAUUUCUGUUUUUAAAUUACAAAGAUCUUACGGUCUCUGGCUAUGCAUGUCGCCUGAUCAUGAAUUACUCUGCUGUAUGUAUUAUGUUUAGUAUUAUCGCAGGAAAGCGUUUGACCUAAAACGACAAACGAUUUUGUAUUAUGAGGUGAAUGUUUAAUGAAGUUUGAUUGAAUUUUUGUAUCUGGUAUCACUUUGACACUUUUUAAACUGAAUUAAAAAUGUUUUUGAGAAUUGUUUAAUAAUGGUCAACAGAAGACUAACAUUUUUUAUGAAAAACAGUCUAAAAGAAAAUGCCAGACAGGAUGCAUAUUUCUCUUUUAUUUUUAAAAUAUCAACAGAAAUAGAAGUGUGAUAUUGCUGUAAAUCUGAGAAGGAGAAAUACAUAAAUUAGCUUAAUUUGAUAACGGGUUAAUAAUCCUUUAAAGUCAAACUCUUGUUCAAACAAACAGUCACUUUUGUAAAUUGCACAAUAGUAGCACAUAUGAAUUGUUUUUUUGUUUUUUUUACAUGAACAAACCAACAAAAAAAUAA